CAUGACUCAGCUACGUAGUUUCCAUGGGUGUUCCCUCGCUUUUCGACUGGCGCCCUGUUGAGAGUUCUACUGCGCCCGACUAUUCACUUGUACGUUGGGCACAUCUCCAUACACAGGGGAACGUACACUCACUGUGCUGCCAGGAUCACCUGUCCACAGGCAAAAAAGAGGAGCACAGAAAGACUUGCUGAUGGAAGGCGCUCCAACCUUUGAAGGGGACAAUGACUUGUCCUUUGAGGACAGCGACUCUCCCUUCCCAUCACCACUACGCCUGGCUACCUUUCACCAGCUCAUAAGGAGAGAGAGAGCACUCUGGUCUGUUGUGCGUAAGAUCUGGACCCCGCCCGGGCACCAGGGGGGGUAUGACCUGGAGCAGAGGCGGCAGGAGGAGGAAGAGGAGCAGCCUGCCGAGAGUUUCGUCAUCCGCGCAGACCCCGAGGCUGCAUUGAAUUACAACACCAAUGCAACAACCAGAGGAGAUGCUCAGGCCUACGUGGAACUGAACGAGCUCAAGGGGGGGAUCUGGCAGGAGACGGGCCGAUGGGCCGGCUACGAGGAGAGCUACAGCCCAGCCUCCAGGAAGUGGGGGUCCUCCCACAUCUCCUACCUGACCUUCAAAAGCCUGAUCCAACUCCGCAAAGCCAUGAGCAACGGUGCAAUCCUUUUGGACCUUGAUGAAAGCAGCUUGUCUGGUGCACUGGAAAAGCUGGUUGAUGAGCUGAUGAAUAAGGGAGAAAUACGGCCCAAUGACCGUGGCCCCCUGCUGAGUGCAUUACAACAGAAGCGCAGUCAAGCAGAUACUGGAGAACCUGGUGGAGACAUUGAGAUGCAGACCUUCUCAGUGACAAAGCAGCGAGAGUCUGCCGAGGCUAUAGAGGCUUCUGUUGUUCUCUCAGGAAUGGUGGACACUCUGCAGAAACCAGCUGUGGCUUUUGCCAGGUUGACCGACUCUGUGGUGAUGGACUCCGUCCUGGAGUCUCCGGUGCCCGUGCGCUUUGUGUUUGUUCUCGUGGGGCCCGGCCAGAGCGGACUGGACUUCCAUGAGAAUGGACGAGCCAUGGCCACUCUGAUGGCCGACUGGGUAUUCACCCUGGAGGCAUACCUGGCAAAGAGUGACAAGGAGAUAACCAAUGCCAUCGCUGACUUCAUGGACUGCAGCAUUGUUAUUCCUCCCACUGAGAUCCAAGAUGAGGCCAUGUUGACGCCCAUCAUUGAUUUCCAGCAGAAGAUGCUACAGGAUCGACUCCGCCCAGCUGACGCCAGAAUUUACUUUGGUCAAAAAGCUCUAGCUCCGAGUGGCCCAGCGGAGCCUCAAGAGGACCCCCUGGCCCGUACAGGAGUACCAUUUGGAGGAAUGAUCAAAGAUAUCAAACGCCGCUACCGCCACUUCGUCAGCGACUUUACAGAUGCUCUGAAUGCCCAAGUCCUGGCUGCCGUUAUCUUCAUUUACUUUGCUGCACUGUCACCUGCCAUCACCUUUGGAGGUCUACUGGCUGACAAGACAGAGCACAUGAUGGGUGUGUCGGAGUUGAUGAUCUCCACCUGCGUACAGGGCGUCAUUUUCUGCCUUGUGGCUGCUCAGCCCGUCCUGGUCAUUGGGUUCACUGGACCAUUGUUGGUGUUUGAGGAAGCUUUCUUUCAGUUUUGCAAGGCCCAGGGCUUGGAGUACAUCGUGGGUCGUAUCUGGGUGGGAAUGUGGCUGAUUCUGAUUGUGGUGGUCAUCGUGGCUGUGGAGGGUAGCUUCCUAGUCAAGUUCAUCUCACGCUUCACCCAGGAGAUCUUCUCCAUCCUGAUCUCCCUCAUCUUCAUCUACGAGACCUUUGCCAAGCUCAUUAGGAUUUUCCAAACUCAUCCAUUGAUUCUGAACUACGAACAUCUGAAUGAAUCCGACCCUUUCCAACUGAUUACUGAAGUUAAAAACUUAACACACGAUGGUGAAAAUUACACUCUUCACCACAUCCACAAAGAGCGCGCCUACCCCAACACUGCUCUGCUCUCCAUGUGCCUUAUGUUUGGAUGUUUCUUCAUUGCCUACUUCCUGCGACAGUUCAAGAAUGGAGUCUUCUUUCCAGGCCCGCUACGUCGCAUGAUUGGGGACUUUGGUGUGCCCAUUGCAAUUUUCUUCAUGAUUGCUGUGGACAUCAGCAUUGAAGAUGCCUACACCCAGAAACUGGUGGUGCCCAAGGGUCUAACUGUGUCCAACACCUCUGCCAGGGGCUGGCUUAUCGACCCCUUUGGUGAGAAGAAGCCCUUCCCUGUGUGGAUGAUGGUAGCUUCACUUGGCCCAGCUCUCCUAGUCUUUAUCCUGAUCUUCAUGGAGUCCCAGAUUACCACGCUGAUUGUGAGCAAACCAGAGCGAAAAAUGAUAAAGGGAUCGGGAUUCCACUUUGACCUCCUGCUGCUUGUGGCCAUGGGAGGAGCGGCAUCCAUCUUUGGUGUCCCUUGGCUCAGUGCUGCCACUGUGCGCUCUGUGACGCAUGCCAAUGCUCUCACUGUCAUGACAAAGGGUCCAAAAGUUGAGAUAGAGAAGGUCGUGGAGCAAAGGAUUAGUGGCAUUUUGGUAGCCAUAUUGGUUGGUGUAUCACUUCUAAUGGAGCCACUCCUGAAGAUGAUUCCCAUGACGGCCCUGUUUGGUAUUUUCCUUUACAUGGGUAUUACAUCUCUGCAAGGCAUUCAGCUUUGGGACCGAAUGUUGCUCCUAAUCGUACCAAAGAAAUACCACCCCAAUCUGCCCUAUGCUACCAGGGUACCCACUUUGAAGAUGCACUUGUUCACAAUAAUCCAGAUAGUCUGCCUGGGCGUCCUGUGGGCGGUGAAGUCCAGUAAAGUCUCUCUGGCCCUGCCCUUCAUCCUCAUCCUCACCAUCCCGCUCCGUAUGGCCUUGACUGGAACCCUCUUCACCAACUUUGAGAUAAGAUGCUUGGAUGCUGAUGAUCCCAAAGCGGUGCUGGAGGAAGAGCCGGGAGUGGACGUGUAUUCGGAGUCCCCACUGCCCUGAGAGGCCAGCCAUCACAGCAGAAUUAGGGUGCUUUACCUGGCUAUCUUUCAGUGAACAUCACCAUAGCCAGCUGCCAAAAAUCGUUUUUGGCUUUUCACAUUUGGCAACAAAUAAUAUAGAAACCAUCUGCCAAUUGACAUGUGUACAUACAAAUUUAUCAAGGGAAAUUAGAACAUUAUACCAAUCAUAGAAUCUCUCAGGCAGCCUGAAUUUGGCCUUCAUCAUGUGAAUGUUAGUAUUGCUGACUGCCAUCAAUUGGACCAAAAACUUUUGUAUGUCAAAGCAGUGUCCACCACAUAUCCUUUGCUUGUGUGAAAUAGAGGAUUCAAUUUUAAUUUUAUGCGGACAGCAGGUAUUACAAAAUUGAUACAAGAUCAUCACAUUUCAGUGCUGUUGUGUAUUAGAUAUGUGCAAAUUAUUUCAACGCUUUAGUGCAUUUGGAAUUCAUAUGAGCUUUGCUUCAUGUUAUGUUAUGUUAUGUUAUGUUAUGUUCUGUUACAUACCAUACAUUAGUUUACGUUUUCUUUGAGAGUGGUGUUCUGGCUGGGAGAUUGCAUUUGGAGCAAUAGCCAUAUCAAUUAGGGUCUUUAUUGGGGCCCUCUUUUCUUAUUGCUAAUACAUAAAGGUCUGUGCUGAAUGGAAUGUUUAGGUUACACUUUAGGAAGUCACUGUUUAUUAAACAUAGCUUUAGCCUGUUUUUGGAUAAAGUUCUAGGGAUAUGCCUUAGUAAAUCUUGUCUGUAAAUACCUCUGAUCAAAACCAAGUGUUUGUCUUGCCUCUCCAUCAGGUCAUUAGCAAGCAUGACUGAUGUACAUUUAAUCUGUAUUUUCUACCAGUGUGCCGAUUAUUGACUGUUGCCCGGAGUUAUAAAUAAAGUUAAAUUAAAACCUA